GACGAAUUUCUCGACGCUGCCCGCGAAGUUUACACAUCAACGAUUAAAUCUAAUAGAGGACUUCGCGAUAUUAUUAUAAAACUCAUCAUCGGCCUUAUCAACUCCGCUACCGGCUCCCUAUCCACCCUGCCCUCGACCCGGGGAGGAGUAAGAUUCGUCGUUAUUGCGUGUCUUAUCGUAAGAAUCAGUGCUAGCGCUAUUCUCGUCGUCCGAGGAGUCGUAGGCUACAUAGGGUUUCGUGGUCGCAUAGCCGCCAACAUUCCUCACACGCCGUUAAGCGGUUCGCCACGGUCUCUCUAA